AUGCAUCAUUUAGAACUUGGCGGAACAUGUGAAGAGGUAUUUUUUUUCGAGAAAAAUAAUAUAAAAUGUAAUUGAGAUUCUCUUGUAGCUUCGAAAGGAACUUGAGUCCAGCGAUAAUUCUACUGUAAAACUAGCAGCUUGGAAUAAUUUCCUCGAUUCUUUGGGAUCUACAACUAAACAAGAUUUUUGGGAUCUGAUUGAUGAGGCAAAAGCAGAUGCUGCUAAAAAUAUGCCGUCUGAUGAAGCUAAAGAAUUAGCAGUUAAAAUAAUUACCGAAUUCUCAAAUGGUCAAUUAUUCCUUCCACAUGAUCAAGUUUCAACUUCGAUCAGAUCACAAUUCAAAGAACUCAGCGAGUCAGAUCAAACAUAUGUUAAAACCUUCGCUAAAAAUUAUGGAAAAGAAAUCAAGGCAUUGAUUUUCCCGUUGCUCCCAACUGAUUGUAAAGUUAAUUCACCAAUUGCGCAAGCAGCCGCCGCAGAAUCUUCACAAAAAGGUUUUGAUGAUGUAAGCUUGACAAAUUUUGAAAAAAAUGUACUUCAAAAUAAAUUUCCAGCCGGAUACCGACACAAUUUCUCGCCGCAAAAGACAUAUCGCAUUCUUCGAAAAUAUCGCGGCUGCUUAUCGUCAAAUGAAUAGAAACAAGUUUCAAUAA